UUCCCAAAACCCAUCUGUACCAGAUUUCUCCGCCGACCACCAUGAGUACUGACUCCCAAUUCAAUCAACUACAAGACCAGAAAUCAAACACCAACAAGGCCUACCUGCCUCUCUUGAUCAUCAACUACAUUUUUCUCUUCGUGGGUUCUGUCUCUUCCAGUCUCCUCUCCAAGUAUUAUUUCAAUCACAGAGGUUCUAGCAGAUGGGUGUCCACAUGGGUCCAAUCCGUCGGUUUCCCUCUCCUCCUCCCUCCCAUCUUUCUCCCUUACUACCUCUUUAAAUGCACUCAGCGUAAACCCUUUACCCGUUUCACUCCCAAUAUCUUAAUCCUCUCCAUCCUCGUCGGUCUCAUGCUUGGUCUCAAUAAUCUUCUCUUCUCCUGGGGCAACUCUUAUCUCCCAAUGUCAACCUCCUCUCUCCUCUUAUCCACCCAGUUGAUAUUCAAUCUCAUCCUCUCCGUCAUCAUCGUCAGACAAAAGAUCACCUUUUCCAAUCUCAAUUGCGUCAUUCUCCUCACCUUUAGCUCCGUCCUUCUAGCCCUCGGCUCCAGCAACGACAAGCCGGAGGGCCUAACCAAGACCAAGUACUUCAUUGGCUUCUUCUCCACCAUCGGCGCAGGCUUGCUCUUCGCCUUGUACCUGCCGGUGAUGGAGGCGAUAUACAGGAAGGUGUACUGCUACGCCAUGGUGAUGGAAAUGCAGCUGGUGAUGGAGGUAGCCGCGACGGCGCUAGCCACGGCGGGAAUGAUCUGGGACGGGGGGUUCCGGGAAAUGAAGAGAGAAAGCGAGGAGGUGUUCGACAAGGGAGCAAGGAUGUACUGGAUAGCGGUGUGGGGGAACGUGGUAACAUGGCAGCUGUGCUUCAUGGGAACGGCGGGGAUGGUGUUCUUGACGAGCUCGCUAACCGGAGGGAUUUGCAUGACGGCGCUGCUGGGGAUGAAUGUUUUGGGAGGGGUUUUGGUGUACGGGGACGAAUUUGGCGGCGUGAAGGUGGUGUCCACUCUGCUCUGUAUGUGGGGAUUUUGUUCGUAUGUGUAUGGUAUGUAUGUGAAAAUGCGGCGAGAAGCAGAUCAUGGUGACCACAAUCAUGAUAAUCAUGUUGGUAGGAUGGAGAUGGGCCAGAUUGCGACGGCGCCUCAUGCUGUUUGAUACAUCAUCAUCAUCAUCAUCUCCUUUUUUCAUCCUAUGGUCAUGGUUGAUUAUGAUUAUCAUCAUAAAC